CUAUUUAAAUUCUCUUCCUUUCAACAAAAAACAUAUCUUUCUUUCCAUUUUCGAAGCCAUGUCCACCUCUAGAACCUCAAAUGUUUCUUCCCUCAAAGGAUAUGAGUCUAACCCAACCCAAAUGAAUUUAUGUGUUCUUCAACGUAACACAUCAAGUUCUGGUGAGAGAAGAGGGCGUGGAAAGCAAACAGAACCAGGAAGGUUUCUUGGUGUGAGAAGACGCCCUUGGGGUAGAUAUGCUGCUGAAAUCAGAAACCCUUUAACUAAAGAAAGACAUUGGCUUGGAACAUUUGACACUGCCGAAGAAGCAGCUCUUGCUUAUGACAGAGCUGCUCUGUCCAUGAAAGGAUGCCAAGCAAAAACCAACUUCGUAUACUCCAAAGAUACCAACGUUUUCAACAAUGCUCACACUCCUUUCAAUUCUCAACCUCUCUUGCCAUUGCCACCUUCACAUAACACUCACACCAAUCAAACUACCAUAUCUCACGUUCCUACUUUCACUUCACACAUUGAAAACCCUUCUGACUUAUAUGCUGAUACUUGUUUUGGGUCACCUCAGGAUGAUAAUUUCUUCUUCUCCACCGACUCUAACUCUGGUUACCUUCAAUGCAUUGUUCCCGGUAACUGUUUCAAGAAGAGCAAUGCCAGUGCUUCAGGUCGUGACCUUGGCGACGUUAACUCAAACUCCAUGCAGGUUCAGCCACAUUUUGACACCACUCAAGAAGCCUUCAACAUGCAAGCAACAGUGGCUGCUAACUAUGCAGAUUUUUCUUGCCCCACUGAUCUUGGUGAAGGAUUAUGGGAUAAUCAUCAAUCAUGGGAUUUCAGUUCCAAUGAACUAGCAGCCAUGUUUAAAAAUCCAUCAAGGGUUGUUGAGGAAGGGUGCAUGAAUGCGUUGCGUCCCUUCACUGAUAGCUCAAACUACGAACUAAUGACUCAGGUUGUUUCUUCAACUACGUAUUCUCCAUCAGUUCCUCCCUUUGGGAAUGUUGGCUUCUGAGCUCUAUCAGUUGAGUUAAGGAACCUUUUAUCAGAGGGUGUGCUAUAAGAAACUAUUAUAUAGUGUUAGAACAUCAUGGUAUUGGUCGAGUUCUACAUGUUACAUAACAAAAUUCUAUUGACUCUUCUUCUUCCUAAACAGAAGUAUUCGAUUCUGUGUUCUGCAAGAAGAUUGAUCAGUACAUGGUCACGUGCUACUUGCAUGCAGUGGGUACGUGUGUAAGGUAAUUUUGGU